AUGACCGUGGCUGAGAACGAUUUAAAUGGGACAUCGGUAGGGCAGAUUCUGCCCCAGCUUCACCUAAAGCGGCCUAUUCCAGCUCGAGGGGUUCUCUCUCCGCCACGCGCGGCACGACAAGCUCAAAUGCCACGACUGAGCGAAUCCGCAGCAAGUUUUCCAGUCGCACGACUCGUGGAGACGUUUUUGUACUUGUGGACGGUAGUGGCGAUCUUGCUCGGUAUUAUCCUGGCUUGUCUUGUGCUUUAUAUGCUCUACUUUAAAGAGGGCGGGAACUUAACCCCCACACUGCCAUUCAACUUGGCAGCCUACAGUGGACUCGCUAUCACGUUGGCGUCCUGUUUUGGGCUCUACGGGCUGCUUCAUCACCGGAAAAUCGUCACGGAAGGCGGUCGCAACUACUCACUUGGAAUGGUACCAUUGGAGCGAUCAUUGUGGUCGUUGCUGGUGCAAUGGCAUUGUCGCUUGUUCACGUAG